AUGCCACGGUCCAAGGGCCUGCCCAAGCAUUUUGUAUGCCCGGGAAGCAGUGAGGCCAGUGAACAGGACGAUUCAACUGACUGUGAAACCAGUAUCGACUGUAGCCAACCCGAUCAGUUGGAUCAGUUAAAUGAGAAGAUGGAUCAGCCAGACCGAUCCACCAUGCAAUCAUUAAAGCGCCCCAAACACGCGAUACAGACUGACGAGCCUGAGUGCAAUGGCUUCAAGAAUUCGUCGUCAUCACCAUUGCAACCGAGACUACUCCGUCCUUCUAAACUUCCUCCCAACAGAUAUUCGGCUGUACAACACCGACCGCCUAUAUCGCAUCCCAAUCCUAUCAAAUCAACGGGCUUUAAGUCGACCGAAAGAAAUCGUCCUCUUCCUUCCCCGCAGAACCCCUCAAACCUCGUCGGUACCAACAUGCCCCAGACGAAUGCAAGCAAUAAUGGUUGGGGUGGUUUCAAUCCAGGCUUCCCGGCCUCCUUUCUCUCAGGACUCGACUUCUCAAGUAUGUCGCCUAUGCAGGUGGCCGCCGUUCUCACUCAAGCUGCUGCCAUGGCAACAGCUGCAGCUCUUGCGGCCUCAGGAAGUGCUCCGCCCCCCAUCAAUCCCUGGCCGAUUUGUCCUCAGCCCUUCUUGCCCCCCAUUCCUCCCACUAAUCCCUGCUUUCUGAUCGCCCCUCUCGGCCUGUCUCGUCCACUCCUAGACCUCUCCACGCCUCCUGGAUCCGGCGUUUCGGCGGCGACGACGACAUCGACGCCGACACCAGGUGGACCGGCCACUCCACGAAUUGGCCAAUCACAUGCCAGCUCCUCUGCUUUUUCAUCAUUGCCCUCCACCUCCUCGGCCGUCUUGUCGGUGUCUGGGCGUUCUAGCCCUUCGCCUUUGUCUCAGGUCAACUCUCCCGCCUACAUCCGAUUGCCCCCAGUUACUAUUCCCGUAACUCCCUCCAUUCGUGGUCCCAUCGCCUCCACGUCGAGCUGCAGCACCCCGAUCCACGGCAUCCCCAAACGCCACAUCAGCUCCUCGGCCAGAGGGUGUUCGGCUCUGGCCAGUCUCGCGGACAGAAGGAGGACGGCAAAUUUUAACGGAAAGCUUGAGGCAUCAAGAGUGAACAAGUUGCCCUUGUCCAGUCCCGGCGGUGUCUUGGCGGCCCCGAAACACUCCCCAACCGGGUCUACAGGCUCUUCUGCCGAGGCGAACAGUCCAGCCAAACUGGUCCUGCCAAGCGGCGUCUGCCUGACGGAAAGGCCAUACAGGGAGCCUGUUCGCGAGAGGGACCGAGAGACAAUCAACUGUCCGGUCUGUGCAAAAUUGAUGCGACGUGGUUCGUUGCGCGAGCACAUGGACAGGCAUCAGAACAGCGGCCGUUUCGACUGUGAGAUUUGCGGUAAAAAUUUCAGCCGUCAGAGCGCUAAAGAGAAGCACAUUCGUACGCACACAGGCGAGCGGCCGUUUGUCUGUAAAUUCUGCGAUAAAGCCUAUCGUCAAAAGGUCCACCUGAAUGAACACUUGCGUUCGCACACCGGCGAACGGCCUUACGUCUGCCGACUGUGCGGUUUUUCACUGGCCUCUAAGUCCCUGUUGAAUAGACAUCUGAGGACUCACGGCGUCGUGGUCAACGCCAACGAGGCGCCUGAGAUGUGGUUGAAGACGGACGCACCGACGCGUGACGUACUGGCGGCUGCCGCUGAGGUCGGCCGCUCCCUCGGCUUCGAAAAGACUGCCAGACCAACUGGCACGGAUGACCCGACCUCGGAAACCGGAGGCCCGGCGAACGGCGAGGCCGCCGACCAGCCGGCUUCCAAAAGUCUGACUGGUGCUCCAGCCGCCUUCGGACAGGCUGAGUUGGACCACCAGCAUCAGCACCUGAACCACCACAACCACCAUAACAACCUCCAACAGCAGUCACAACAACAACAAAUUGAGGCGCUGCCAAGCGGCGUGCCUCGGCUAACCGCACUCAAGGGUUCUGCUGAGAUGGCGGCUCUUGGUCGGAAAUACCUCUGCUCGCAUUGUCCCGCGGGUUUCCCGACGAUGCAGGCCCUCCGCAGUCACCGGGCGACGACACACGGCGUUGUCACGCCUCACCGUUGCUCCUCCUGCAACGAGUCUUUCAGCUCUGUUAAGACUCUCAAGAUACACCUUCGAAAGGCCCAUCCACAGGUGAGUCUGCCAAAGCUGGUUAUAUGCAGUGUCCAACGGUCAUGGCAUGGAUUGCCUUCAACUAAUCUCCUCGGUUCCGCUAUGGAUAUGCUGUGUUGA